AAACUUGCUGAUUUCAACUCUAAAAAAAAAUCUAAAUUAAUUUUAUUUCCAUUUUUAUGCUCUUUUUUUUUUUGCGGAAAUGUGAGAGAAAAACAUUGCUGUGCUGGGUUACAACCCAGUUCAUUGAAGCAUUGCAUUGAAACAUCUAUAUCCUACCAGAGACCAAAUAAAAGAUUCCUGGUUAAUGCUGCUGAUGGACAACCUCUUGAAUCGGAGCCAAAAAAUGUUUUGAACUCCAUUAAAGAUACCUUGGAUGCUUUCUAUAGGUUUUCUCAGCCACAUACAGUCAUAGGCACGGCAUUGAGCAUAGUCUCAGUUUCCCUACUUGCAGUCGAGAAGCUUACAGACUUUUCACCAUUAUUUUUUGUUGGGAUGUUGGAAGCUAUUGCAGCUGCCCUCUUAAUGAACAUUUACAUUGUUGGUUUGAAUCAGUUGUAUGAUAUUGAUAUAGACAAGGUUAACAAGCCAUAUCUUCCGUUGGCGUCAGGGGAAUAUUCAAUUCAAACUGGUGUCAUGAUUGUCGCAUCCUUUUCUGUUCUGAGUUUUGGCCUUGGAUGGAUUGUUGGGUCAUGGCCAUUAUUUUGGGCCCUAUUCAUCAGUUUUGCAUUGGGAACUGCUUAUUCAAUCAAUGUGCCCCUUUUGAGAUGGAAGAGAUUUGCUUUAGUUGCAGCAAUGUCCAUUCUCGCAGUUCGAGCAGUGAUUGUUCAACUAGCUUUUUUUCUUCACAUGCAGACCCAUGUCUUUAAAAGGCCAGCUGCCUUCUCAAGGCCUCUCAUCAUUGCAACUGCAUUUAUGAGCUUCUUCUCAGUUGUUAUAGCAUUAUUUAAGGAUAUACUUGAUAUUGAUGGAGACAGGAUUUAUGGCAUCCGAUCUUUUACAAUGCGCUUGGGUCAAAAGCGGGUAUUUUGGAUAUGCAUUUCACUACUUGAAAUUGCUUAUACAAUUGAGGAACAUAGUUUAUGUAUAUUGGUUUUGUGUGAAUGUGACUAUUCUCGAUAG